CGGCGCCAGUGUUGGAAGCAGAAGAACAAGAGAUGCUCGAAAACGAGGUCGCGUGACGUCAGCAGAAGUGGAUUCAGCAGCCUCAACAGCAGUGAAAGAAGCGCAGAGAGCCAGGGCCCCUGCCACCUAUAACCCCUGCCACCUACAAACCUAAAGGCUAGGGUCAAGAUGGCUGCUUCUUCCUCGUCCAACUUAGAAGACGAAAGCUUGAAGGGCUGUGAAGUCUAUGUUCAAAAAUACAAUAUUCAGCAGCUGUUGAAAGAAUGCAUAGUGAACCUGUGCAUCGCUAAACCAGACCGCCCUAUGAAGUUCCUCAGGGAACAUUUUGAAAAAUUAGAAAAGGAAGAAUGCAAACAGAUUUUAGCUCAGCAGAAGUCAAACUCUCAGUCAGACUCUCAUGACGAUGAGAUCUCUCCCCCACCUCCGAACCCAGUGGUUAAGGCCCGUCGCAGAAGAGGAGGCGUCAGUGCAGAGGUUUACACUGAGGAAGAUGCAGUCUCUUAUGUUAGGAAGGUUAUUCCAAAAGACUAUAAAACGAUGACUGCCUUGGCAAAAGCAAUCUCCAAAAACGUACUCUUUGCCCAUCUUGACGACAAUGAGAGAAGUGAUAUAUUUGAUGCCAUGUUCCCUGUCAAUCACAUUGCCGGAGAGAUAGUCAUACAGCAAGGUGACGAGGGAGACAAUUUCUACGUCAUUGAUCAGGGAGAAGCCGAUGUCUAUGUUAAUGGAGAGUGGGUGACCAACAUUGGAGAAGGAGGAAGCUUUGGAGAACUUGCAUUAAUCUAUGGCACACCAAGGGCUGCAACUGUCAAGGCCAAGACAGACCUUAAGCUUUGGGGCAUAGAUCGGGACAGCUACAGAAGGAUUCUAAUGGGCAGCACGUUGAGAAAGCGGAAGAUGUAUGAAGAAUUCCUGAGCAAGGUCUCCAUUUUAGAAUCGCUAGACAAGUGGGAACGUCUGACAGUGGCAGAUGCUCUUGAACCAGUUCAGUUUGAAGACGGGGAGAAAAUCGUUGUUCAGGGCGAGCCUGGGGAUGAUUUCUUUAUCAUAACAGAGGGCACAGCAUCAGUACUGCAGCGCCGAUCUGACAAUGAAGAAUAUGUGGAAGUUGGAAGACUUGGGCCAUCAGAUUAUUUUGGUGAGAUUGCCUUGUUGCUGAAUCGUCCCAGAGCAGCAACUGUUGUUGCACGAGGGCCACUGAAAUGCGUUAAGCUGGACCGACCCCGCUUUGAACGAGUUCUUGGACCAUGCUCGGAAAUCCUCAAGAGGAACAUUCAAAGAUACAACAGCUUCAUCUCACUCACUGUUUAAGAGUGUCCUCUUUGGGAAUGUGAUGUUUGUUUUACCCUGUGAACCUGAGUUUGACCCGUGCACUUACAUAGCUUUAUAAGAAAAAGGAAAUUGUGCAUUCAAUGUGAAUUUUUAUGAUCAUGUAUGCGGCAUCAGUCAUAUAUUUUCCUUUGUCAUUAUGGGUAUACAGGAAUAUCUUGCUUGGGAUGGGAUAGGUCAGAGAUUGGGAAAUUUGUUUUCCACGCAUAGGUGUUAAACGCAAGGAUUUUUGUGAUUUGUACUAAAAGGGACUUAAAACUGAUGAAAAAAAAAAUAUAUGUAUAUAUACAUAACAAUGUCAGUUGUGUAACAGGUACUUUUGAAAAAAAAAACAGAUAAAAACCAGCAUGUGCACACUAAGCCAUAUACAGGCAUUACAACCUGCUCCUAAGUAGAGGUGGAUUGAUAUAAUAGUUGGACCUAUGUAGGGUUAUUAUUUGGGUUCACGUUCUAGAACUGCCAGUGCUGUAUCUGGGGAACCUUGUGCAUUAUCCAACUUUGCUCCUAAGAAUUUGUGGUUGGUGGUAUGUAAUUCAGUUGUGGAUCUUGUACUCUAACUUGUACAGUCCUUCUACCAUCCAUGAACCUUUUAUAUGAAGAAAGACCACUAAACAAUGGUUAGUUCAAGGUUAAAAUUUACACAGUUCCACCUACAUGCAGUAAACAUACUGAUGAAGGAUGAAUGGCAGGCAGAAACAUCAAAUUCUGUUCUAAAUAAGGGUUUAAAGGAUUUAAGCUGGCCAUACACAAUAAGAUCUGCUUGUAUUUGGCCAGAUAUGUAUCGGAUAGGGAGGGAAAUGCUGCCUUCAGAAUAUAAAAAGUGUUCUGGGCUAUGCUAGGAGGGGGAUGUAGGAGUAAAUUGGUGGCUCCUGCCUAUUUUGUAAGGGUUUAGUACUAGUGUGAGGGGUCACAGGGUUUGUUUAUUAAAUCACUUUUUCUCAACACCACUACUGUGACAGGAGACGAGGGAAGUGGAGCUUUACUCACGGAUACAGUCAUCAUUUAAAGUCACUGGUCUAAUUUAAAGCUGUGGAGGUUAAUUAGAUAUAAAUGUUCUUUUAAGACUAAAAAAGAAUUGUUUAAGCUGAAAUAUCCCAUAAUGCACUUUUAACGAUGCCAAGGGUUCCGGGCCCUCCUUUGUAAAUGAGCAGUAUCCUGCGUCUCCGAGCAAUGUGAAUGGGCCUGUAUGCCAUGGGAGCCAAAUGUGUUUAUUUUCUUUACCACAAACUUGAGCUGUAGAGAGGUUACGUAUCAACGUCGCCUGGCCUCACAACUGUGGAAAAAUGUUGAAUAUUGAACAGGGAAAAUUCCUUCUGUAAAAGCAUGGCAUUCAUUCUUAUUCCUUGAUAAGAUCUUCUGCUACAUUUCCUAGUUUUCCAAUAGAAUCAUUCAUAUGUAAUUCCCAGAGCAAUAGCCCUGUCCUAAGAGGGUUUUUUUUUCUUACCCAAAUUUUCUCUUUUGAAGUUUCCAUAAGGAGCUGGGCAAACACAGUUUGACAAAUCAUUACAGACACAGUUGAAGAGGAAGUAAUAAUCUCAGGGGCCCUCAUUGUCCAGGGGCAUAUAGGGAAUUCUGAUUAAUAAAGUCACUCUCAAGUAAAUAGAACUAGUGCAAAUUAAUCAAAAAAAGGGCAUUGGUGGGUUGUUCCAUUACUAGAAAAACAAACCUAUACGGCAGCUGAAAAAAAAAGUCAUCAUGGGGAAAUAGUCUAGUUUUACCAGUU